GCUAUCAACAUGUCUGGCCGUGGCAAAGGAGGAAAAGUUAAGGGAAAGGCAAAGUCCCGCUCGAACCGUGCCGGUCUGCAGUUCCCAGUUGGCCGUAUCCAUCGUCUGCUACGCAAAGGCAACUAUGCCGAGCGCGUCGGUGCUGGUGCACCAGUGUAUUUGGCUGCCGUAAUGGAAUAUUUGGCCGCUGAAGUGCUCGAGUUGGCAGGAAACGCUGCCCGAGACAACAAGAAAACGCGCAUCAUCCCGCGUCAUCUGCAGCUGGCCAUCCGCAACGAUGAGGAAUUGAACAAGCUGUUGUCCGGCGUCACCAUUGCUCAGGGUGGUGUGUUGCCGAACAUCCAAGCCGUGCUGCUGCCGAAGAAGACCGAGAAGAAGGCCUAAGCCUAUCGCGAAAUCAGCUUCUUUCAAUCUUCCGCCAAAAACCGUCCUUUUCAGGGCGACAAAUCAUUUCGCUAAAGAUUUCAUUUGACCAUUUCUGCUGAGCCCACUGCCAACGCAUUCUCAUACCGCAGGUAAAUCCAAUAAAGUGAGAAAUGCAGGAAAAUCCUUAACACGCACUCCAAAGUCAAAAGAGUUCAAAGACUCUAGCAGCGGCAAAUCGUAGUGAAAAAUGUUCAUAUUUUAAACCUGUGCCGUAUGUGAACUCCCACAUUAUUGUAAGGAGCAAUGGAUGAAACGUUAAAAAUAGAGUCGUCUACCUGUUUUUUCACCUGGGACGAACCUAUGAGCAAGAGAUAAUUUACAUCGAUCGUAAGGGAAUAUGGAUACCUGCCUUAUGUAGGUAGCAUCCAUGGCCUUGAACCGAUGUUUUUUUAAAUGAUUUUUUUUAAUACAAUUCGUAAACCGUUAUUCUGGAAUGCACCGAGCCCAUUGCAUUCCAAUGUAUGCGAAACCAUCUCAAAACACAUUCGUCAUCAACAGCAGCAGCAACAGCAUCAGAAACAAUCCAUACGAAAGAAACAUUAUUUACUCUUACCUGUUUCAGUACGCGGCAUGCACUUCUCUCCUUUCGGUUGCUCCCUCGAUGAACCAAUUUUACUGUUAUUCGGGUUUUUUUUCCGAACGAUGCUCACUGAUCACGAUAGAAACGCAAACUUGAACUUUCACCACGAUCCUUUUGACAAUCUUGUGUAUACACGAACUCAUGCACUUUCCUUCCGAAUCCAUGCAGCUCGAUCACUAAACUUCACUCACUAGUUUGUUCACUACUCACAUUCCAAUUGCACUGAAGUUUACCUCGAUCACGAUUUCGGAUCGCUGUCCCUGUCCACCGUCGAUGCCCGGUUUCGUACCGCUGCAGCCGCUCCAUAUUAUAAUAAAAAGAAGCAGCAGCAGCAGCAACAACAACUAUUUAAAUAUAGGAGCGCAUUUUUUUCUUCCCGGCCGACGGGAUUCACUGCACGCACUCCUCGCUCGCUCUUUCGGUGAACGCACCGGAAACGCACUUUUUCCACGCAUUUUCAGUCCAGCCACGCACAAUUCAGGGACACUAAAAUCACUGUCCCUGUCCACCACCGAUGCCCGGUUUCGUACCGCUGCAGCCGCUCCAUAUUAUAAUAAAAAGAAGCAGCAGCAGCAGCAACAACAACUACUUUAAUAUAGGAGCGCAUUUUUUUCUUCCCGGCCGACGGGAUUCACUGCACGCACUCCUCGCCCCCUCUCCCGGUUAACGCACCGGAAACGCACUUAUUCCACGCACUUCCAGGCCACUCACGCACAAUUCAGGGACACUAAAAUCGCUGUCCCUGUCCACCGCCGAUGCCCGGUUUCGUACCGCUGCAGCCGCUCCAUAUUAUAAUAAAAAGAAGCAGCAGCAGCAGCAACAACAACUAUUUAAAUAUAGGAGCGCAUUUUUUUCUUCCCGGCCGACGGGAUUCACUGCACGCACUCCUCGCCCCCUCUCCCGGUUAACGCACCGGAAACGCACUUAUUCCACGCACUUCCAGGCCACUCACGCACAAUUCAGGGACACUAAAAUCGCUGUCCCUGUCCACCGCCGAUGCCCGGUUUCGUACCGCUGCAGCCGCUCCAUAUUAUAAUAAAAAGAAGCAGCAGCAGCAGCAACAACAACUAUUUAAAUAUAGGAGCGCAUUUUUUUCUUCCCGGCCGACGGGAUUCACUGCACGCACUCCUCGCUCGCUCUUUCGGUGAACGCACCGGAAACGCACUUUUUCCACGCAUUUUCAGUCCAGCCACGCACAAUUCAGGGACACUAAAAUCACUGUCCCUGUCCACCACCGAUGCCCGGUUUCGUACCGCUGCAGCCGCUCCAUAUUAUAAUAAAAAGAAGCAGCAGCAGCAGCAACAACAACUAUUUAAAUAUAGGAGCGCAUUUUUUUCUUCCCGGCCGACGGGAUUCACUGCACGCACUCCUCGCCCCCUCUCCCGGUUAACGCACCGGAAACGCACUUAUUCCACGCACUUCCAGGCCACUCACGCACAAUUCAGGGACACUAAAAUCGCUGUCCCUGUCCACCGCCGAUGCCCGGUUUCGUACCGCUGCAGCCGCUCCAUAUUAUAAUAAAAAGAAGCAGCAGCAGCAGCAACAACAACUACUUUAAUAUAGGAGCGCAUUUUUUUCUUCCCGGCCGACGGGAUUCAAUGCACGCACUCCUCGCCCCCUUUUUCUGGGGAACGCAUCGGAAACGCACCGGAAACGUACUUUCAGUCCACUCACAUUUCUUUUCUUCCCGGCCGACGGGAUUCACUACACGCACUCCUCGCCCCCUCUCCCGGUGAACGCACCGGAAACGCACUUUCUACACACGCUCUGUUCAGGGACACUAAAAUAGUAGGAAAAAAUAUGAUCCUACAUGCAUUUCAUGCCACAGUGAAAAAAAUCACGGUAAGCGACGCCAAAAGUGUGGGCGGCGCAGUUUAAGCUUUUCACUGCACACUACACACACCACUUCACUGUAAAUUACUAAAACGCACACGCACACACACACACACGGACUAGUGAGCUCCACUAAACGCGGAAGAACCGGACCGAUCGACUGUACGAAGUAGACUGAACUCCGUUCGGUUCCUUGCAUAAUGAAAUACUAAUAUUGGAGUGAGAGUCGUGUCAGAGUUCGUGUCCUCUCUCUCUCGGUAUUAAGUAUCCCGAACACACAUACCUAGAUAAAAUGAUUGCCAGACUACUAGAAACGUUUUACCUAACGAAUUUUGCCACUCUUUUAAUGUUUUAUGCUUUUGCGUGUGCAAAUAUCAAUGUUCAAACCGUGCAAGGAACAAAACAUAUUUGUUGUAUAUAUGAGCAAAUUAAGUUACAUGCGCAUGAUUAUUCGAUAAGAAAAAAAACACGAUAAAUUUUAAUAAAUUUUGAAAGGUCAAAACCGAAAAUCUUUCCGAAAUCGUUUGUGGUAGCCUUAAGAAAGACUGAUUUUAUGUUACGCUUUAUGUUUAGCGUAAGAAACAGCAACGAAUUUGCAAAGUUUUGAAAUCGGGAGGGCACAAAUUUUAACAUGCCUUAAAACGGACACCCAAGCGCGGACGAAAUGUGCCUUCCAUUGUCCUUCUCUCCAGCUACGAAAUUAGUGCGAAUUUUCACUAAGGAAUUGCAUCUCGCUCUAACUUACGCGCUCUCUUUCGUUGCGUUGGUGUGUGAGUACACUUGCACUUAACGGUAUUUCUCAUCGGGUGAAAUUAUAUUUGCUUGAACAAAUUAAGUUACAUGCGCAUGAUUAUGCCAUAAGAAAAAAUACACGAUAAAUUUUAAUAAAUUUUGAAAGGUCAAAACCGAAAAUCUUUUCGAAAUCGUGUAUUUUACCCUUAAGAAAGACAGAUUUUAUGUUAUGCUUUAUGUUUAGAGGAAGAAACAGGAACAAAUUUGCAAAGUUUUGAAAUCGGUAGGGCACAAAUUUUAACAUGCCUUAAAACGGAUACCGAGCCACGGACGAAAUGUGCCUUCUAUUGUCCUUCUUUCCAGCUAAGAAAUUAGUGCGAAUUUUCACUAAGGAAUUGCAUCUCGCUCUAACUUACGCGCUCUCUUUCGUUGCGUUGGUGUGUGAGUACACUUGCACUUAACGGUAUUUCUCAUCGGGUGAAAUUAUAUUUGCUUGAACAAAUUAAGUUACAUGCGCAUGAUUAUGCCAUAAGAAAAAAUACACGAUAAAUUUUAAUAAAUUUUGAAAGGUCAAAACCGAAAAUCUUUUCGAAAUCGUGUAUUUUACCCUUAAGAAAGACAGAUUUUAUGUUAUGCUUUAUGUUUAGAGGAAGAAACAGGAACAAAUUUGCAAAGUUUUGAAAUCGGUAGGGCACAAAUUUUAACAUGCCUUAAAACGGAUACCGAGCCACGGACGAAAUGUGCCUUCUAUUGUCCUUCUUUCCAGCUAAGAAAUUAGUGCGAAUUUUCACUAAGGAAUUGCAUCUCGCUCUAACUUACGCGUGUGAGGAUACUCGCACUUAACGGUAUUUUUCAGCGGGUGAAUUUUAAUUUUCGGAUAACUAUUUGCUGGUGGAAAAUAAGUUACAUGCGCAUGGUUUUUAGAUAUGAGAAAAUCAAUGAUCGAUUUUAAUACUCUUUAGGAGGGCAAAAGCGAAAAUCUUUCCGAUAUCGUGUGUGUUAGUCCUAGAAAAGACUGAUUUGAUGGAAU